AAAAUGCAAGAGCAGAAGAGUUGAGAAAAGAAGAACAAAAGUUAAUAGGAUUCAAACCACUAGAGAGUCUAGAAAUAGAAUUGGCCAAAAGGCAAAAGCUAAGAGAAAAUGUUAUUCAAGAGAUUGUAGAAGUUUUAAAAAGGAAUAUAACAAGAAGCAAAAACAAAUAUACAAUAUAUACAGAUGGUGCAGCAAAUGGGUAG